ACGGACACCUCUAGACACGGGCCUCAACCGCUAGCUGUGCUACAGGUUAGCGCCGCCUGCCCUCAGAGGGCGCGACUGAUGCUGUGUUAUGUUAUAGGGGGCUGCCACAUCGAGAGUCACUUCUCCUCCGAAGUUCGGCGGCCGUACCCGGUAUAUCGUCAACAGAUCAAUGGCGGCUCCAGCAGGCGAUGGAAAUAAACAGCAGGAGGAGGUCGCCAUGGGUGGGACUGAGUUUCCUGGAGACCAACCGCCGCGCUAUGCUGGAGGUCUGAGGCAGCCUUCACAGGAGGCAGCGGGACCUUCGCAGCAGGCAGCAGCUUCGGUCCAGGAGCAGCAGCAGACGGCGCGAGCCUCCCCACAGGAGAGGCUCCGCCCCCACCGCCUCCAUCGCCGCCGCCCCCACCGCCUCCAACUGUCGCCGCCCCCCAUGCGUCGGGUGAGCCUGCGGGCGCUGCGGCUGUGCCGGCGCAUGGUGGCCAGGCUGCUAGAGAUGUUCGCCGAGCGGCCGCUGGGGCAGCGAGCGCUGCACGCUGUGGGCAACGCUAUGUGGGCUGCUGAACGGGCCACCAUCUGGGCUGGCUCUGCCACGGCUGACUUCGCAGAUCGUCAGCCAGUACCUUUCGCGUGGUACCUCAUGAUGCCUAUAGUUACGAUGCUGGUUGUCAUCAGGACCGGAGCUUCCGUCGCAGAAAGGUACCUCGACGUCCAGAUUCCGGACAACAGGGCACUGGUGAUCUGGCUUGAAACACAGCGCAACCACCUGGAACAACUUCAGACUUCAACAAUGGGGAACAUUCGCACCCAGUGCGUCAACGAAGGUGUCCCCGAGCAGAGUUUGAUGAACACGUGGCCCUUUAACAUCGUAAACAGCGCAGCGCAUCUACUUGGAAUCGUACCGGUGAGAGCUGAUCAGCAACCUUCGGAAGCCGAAUCAACACCUGUGCCUCCUCAGGAACCUGUAGAGAGCUGUUCCCGGUCACAUACGUUGACCCAUAUUAAGACAGAGGAACACGCAGCACCCAGCUCUAGCGAGGCUGAAGAACCGCCAGCGAUCGCUGCAGAGGAAGCAGAACGGGCAGCGAGGACCGCAGUACAGCCACAGCCGUCGGCCCCUCCGGAACACCUGCUGUCUGCUGAGGUAUCGGAGAGGGCGGUCAUGGCCGUGGUUCCUGCACCACAACCAGCGGUCCCAUCUGUGUCCUCAGUGGAGCUGCUGGCUGCCGAGGGCGAUUCUGCGUCCGAGCCUGGCGUGAGCAGGAGAAAGAGGAGGAAAGCAAGCUCCAAAGCCCCGAAGGCGUCGCUUCUCUUCAAUCUGUUCGGGCCAAAGAUAUUUUAAAUCUUUGUAUACAAUUAUGCCGGUGUUAGUGGGAAAGUGUAAAUAAGAUUGUAAUAGCUUCCGACUAGAACACAAUAUUCAGAAAUAAUAAUCUUAAGGUUUAUGGAAAUAAAUUUUAAUAUACCAAAUACAUGUUCAGAAAUGUCUAUGCUUGGAUAUUGUAGUUUCAUACGCAAGCUAGAUUUCGAAUUUGGGUAAACCAAGGAAAUGUAAAUUUUAAAAUACUUUUAUUGUGCAGUACGCAUUUGAUGUAUUGCAGUUUUCCUGUUAAAAUCGGCAGUCAAUAAAUAAACUCUAGUCCCAGGAGCAAA